CAGGAAGUAGUUCCUUGUUUUUUUGCUAGUUGAAAAGACUGUGAGCAGAGGAUCAGGAAUGGCUAAAGCAGAUUUAUAUCAAGGGGGCAAGGCGUAUGGCCAAUUGAGAAAGGAACAAGAAUCUUCACUAGCUGAAUUCAACAAUACGUACCUGACCAGUGGGGACUGGGAUGAUGUCGAGAAUCUGGAAGAGAGGCUGGAGGCGUACAAGAAGCAGUUCAUGGAGUUUGAUGAGGACAAUUCUGGGGACAUUGACAUCAUGGAGCUUAAAAGAAUGAUGGAAAAGCUAGGCCAAGCCAAGACUCACCUCGAGCUCAAAAAGAUGAUUGCCGAGGUCGACAAGAAUAACUCAGGUACCAUCCACUAUAAUGAAUUUUUGGAUAUGAUGCUUGGAAAGAAAUCAUCUGUUCUCAAACUGAUUUUGAUGUUUGAAGAGAAGAAGAAAGAGAAGGAACUUCCAAAGGGUCCUCCUCCAAAGAAAACAUUUGCAGAUCUCCCAUAGACUAUAUAGAUCUGCAGCGAGGUGCUACCACUAGAACAGUUUAGAGUUGUCAGCUUUAUUACACUUAUGUUUUUGUGUAUAAACCAUUAAUUUGUACUGUUUCGUAUUACAUGUACAGGUAUGGAACUUAUGAGACUUGGGGAAUAAUUUUG